UAAAACAGUAAAAAAAUGUUAUGCUUUUUCGUGGUCACAAAGUUACUCAUGCUCAAAUUACUGCUGGCCAGCAUAUCCGGCUUGCACGCUUACGAUUUUGGUUAUCAUCCCAGCGCCGAGGAAUUCGAUAAUUUCUUACGCGAAACGCAACGUACGUGGACGCGCGAUUUGCUAGCCAACGAGCACCGGCGCGCGUGGAACGCAAAACCGCCGUUUCGAGAUGUAGCCGAGAAGUUUGUGCCAAAAUACAACUACGACAAAGAGCAGUCACAAACGGCAACGAAGCAGGUGACGUCAUGGCCAGGACAUGUGCAGCGCAUCGGUCGACCACAGCAACAUCGCUAUGAAUCGCCCAGUGUGGCUGCGGCAGCGCAUGCGCUGAAGGGAAAUGCUGUAGGCUCGAGUUUGAGUUUUCAUUUGUUCAGUAGCGAGCAAAAUGAGGAUGCGGAUGGUGAUGGAGCUGCGGGCGAAGUAAACGCUGCAGACCUGCCAGGAGUGCUAAAGUUUAGUAACUUGCAGCCACAAACAAGGCCGCCUAACUCCAAGCCAUCAAGACCGCAACGUCCUAAUAAGCAAACGCUAAGUAGCGUUAUCGAAAUUGCCACUUCGGCUGAGUCACCAAAGCGGCCAACUCAGGCUAAUCAAAGUUUUGGCGGUUUCUACAAAAACCAUACCGACACGCAGUUUCCCAUAUAUUUUUCCAACCCAGUCACUGGCAUUAUCUAUGCGAUUACUGAAGUGGGACGCGUGCCGCAUAACAUUAGUAAGCCUACUUCUGCUAACAGCACUAUUUCGCUUUAUGUCUCGAAGGAGCAAUACGAGCGUGACUUAUAUUUGCAACGCAAGUACUACGAACAGAGCUGUCAGUCUGUACCAGUAAAACAUUUGCCUAAGCGUAAUAGCACAGUCACGAUAGCGCAUACCACAACGCCUCCUCAAAUAAUACGUCUACAAAAGCCGUCGACAUUCAAGUUGCCGAUCGCUAAGUUACCCGGUCAUCUUAAUAAACCGCCACCUGUUACAGUACAAACCGAAUUGACAAUCAGCGAUCAGGUCCAAUUGCCGACGCGCAAGCAUAAACCCAAAGUCAAGCGAAAGAACAAGAAGAAGCCAAAUAGACCCGGAAGAAAGCCAACUGUCACACGUAAUGAGCUGCCGCAAAUAAUCAAAGGUGUGCGUGUAUCAACGCCAAAGCCGCAAACAAGCACCGAGAAGCUACAAGUCGCCACCCAACUGGAGAAGCCAAAUUACACGCAAACAGUUUUCACGAAAAGCGACCAGUCUGAGGAGCAUCAGGUGCGUAAGCGCUCUGUGACUAACAUACGCGCUUACACGGAUCACGCGCAGAAUGUGACAAUAAUCGAUAAGUAUCUUAAGGAUCCGGCGGCUUUGCACUCGAUUCAUGAAGUGGAAAAGGUGAAAGACAAAAGCAUGGCAGCAAAAAUAGUCACAGCGAGAACAAGAACUGCAAAACGGGCCAGAGUGAGAAAACGUCAAUCGAAGCUUGGGAAUUACACCGAAAUGAAUCCCUUAACCAAUAGUGCAUUCAAUCGCACCAACUGGGAUGUGCUGAAGCAGCACAAAAGAGGAUAUAAUGCAACAAACAGCAGAAAUGAUACAGCCAUAAAGCCAGCUUGGACAAAUCACACCGUGAACUACGAUGCGACAACGCAGUUACCGUCAAUAGCGCUCAGCACUUCCCGCAAUAAUGCGCAGAAAAGAAAAACUAAAAGCAAGAGAAGGCGUAGGAAGGAAAAAGUUGAAAAAAGGGGUGAGUUCGAUCUCUUCGACUUUGGUGACGAUGAAGACGAAGACGACGAUGAUGAGGAAUCUGCAGACCGCAACGAUGGCGAAGAUGAUGAAGAGGACGACGACAAUGCUGGCUCCUACGAAGACGAGGAUUGGUCUUACUAUGAGUUCGAGCCUACUAGCAGCACGAAAACGAAAAAACGCAAGCGGCAUAAAAAUCACAAGGAAUCGAAAGAUCCUGAGAGCUUCGAAGAAGCAGAAGAUUAUACUGAUGAAACGUCAGAAACAUCUGAAUUAACUAAUCAUCCAGCCAACUCCAUAAUAAUAAAUGAUGGCAGUUCAGCUGAGCCGGGUGCCGACUUUGGUGCAAUCGAGUCGGAGGAAAACAGCCUUACUAGUCCACCAACUACCACCACCACCACCACGACUACGACUACGAAAAAACCAAGCAUCUACACCAAGGCAGCAAGCAAAAAACGCAUACGCAGACGUCCAACUUCCAGCGAUAGCUCAGCAUCUUAUGAAGACUAUGACUACGAAGACGGUGGAGGGGUUGGCGGUAUUGGUGGAUUUUUUCGUAUGAUCUUCUAUCCUGUGCAAGUGCUAAUGAAUGGUAUGGCAGAUAAUUUUGUCAGUAAAGAAUCUGAUGAGGAACAAUAUUCAUAUCCCACCUACACCACUUAUCACAAUGGCAUACAGCCGAUUGAGAGUAUUGAAGAGGAAGAGGAGGAACAAUCAAAUUCCUUAGCUAGUUGGUUAAGUUCGUGGUUUGGUUUUAAUAGGCGAACGAAGAAUAUUGGUAGCACUACACCUUUGCCGCCGUCACCAUCACCUACAGAGCCGCCAAGCUGGCUUGAAUCGUGGUUCGGUUUUGGAAGCCAGACAACGACAACCGAUAGCAUGCCGGAGGAUGCUAAAUGGUUCUUCGGUUGGUUUGACUCGAAACCGAGACGUCGACGCAAGACUACCACAACUACAACCACAGUGCAUACACCAGCCGCACAAGUACCAAUUUUGACAAUUGUCGAUCCACUAAAAAAUCCACAAAAUUGGAUUGGCAUUUUGGCACAUCACAUCAUUAAUGCCACCGCUUCAACAGUCACGCAAAAUCCACUUAUGAAUGCAAUAUCACAAGCCACGGUCAAUCCGGAUGUGCCACGUAAAGUAACAUACGAUAGAUAUCAGAUUUGGCGACUAAAGCCAAUAGACGAUACACAGGUGCAUGCCUUGGAGGAGUACAAGAAAAGUGAAGAUGGCAUAAAGGGCCAAUGGCUAAAGGGCCCCAGUUUAAGAGGUCUAACGGAUGUGCUGGUGCCACCAAAACAAUUGCUAGAUUUCGAAGCCAGUCUUAGCUUUGAAUCGAUUGCGCAUGAGGUGCUUAUUUAUGAUGUCGGCAAAGCAAUUGCCUACGAGCAGGCACAAGAGCAGUUCCACUUUAAUGCCGUCAUGCAUAAGAAUAAAAAAUAUCCGCAGAAGCAUCAGCAGCAAGCACUUACCACCAUGUCAUGGCAUAAAUACUAUGAAUAUGAUGAUAUUAUAACACAUUUGGAAAUGUUACGCAUGCGCCACCCACAACUAAUCGAAUUAAUACACAUUGGACGCUCCUACGAAGGCCGGCCAUUGGUAGUGGUGAAGAUUGAAUCGAAAGAUCAUGCUGCCAGUGUUGCUAGUCAAACGCUAGUGGCACAGAAAAAGUUGAAUAGCAAAAAGCAGACCAAGGAGGCGAAUUCAGUGUUCAUUGAGUCGGGUACACAUGGCCUCGAAUGGAUUGGACCGGCCACUUCGCUCUGGAUGAUCAGUGAACUGUUGCGGCUGAUUAAAAGCAAUAAGACAACCAUAGACAAUGAAUACAUAAAAAAUACUACCUGGUAUUUUAUGCCCAUUCUCAAUCCGGACGGCUACGUUUAUAGUCACAAGUAUGAUCGUUUCUGGCGAAAAACGCGCUCAAGACAUAUCUCUCGACGCAAUGGAAUCAUCGAUUCAGCAAUGACAUGGCUGCAGCAAAAGAAAAUAGCAACACGCGUUUGCUAUGGCGUGGAUUUGGAUCGUAAUUGGCACUACCAGUGGGGCAAGCGGGGUAGCUCGAAAUCGCCCUGUAAUGAAUUGUAUGCCGGACCAGGGCCGUUUUCGGAACCCGAAUCUAAGGCGCUAUCCGAAUUUCUCAUUGAUUAUCGCAAGCAGAUUAAACUCUACAUUUCAUUGCAACAAUAUGGGCAAAUUAUUUCAUAUCCCUUGAAAGCGAACACUUCGUUCAACGCCGAACGCAUUGAUGACUUUCUCGAUGUGGCAAUGGUGGGAACGGAUGGCUUGCGUAAGCGAGGCAGCAAAUCACGCUAUAAAAUUGACUCAACUAGUGAUCUGGUGGAAAAUCGCUCUGGUUGUUCCGAUGCCUUUGCCGCCUAUGAAGUUGGUAUACCCUUCAGCUUCACUAUUCAACUGGCUGACAAUGGAGUGCACGGUUACUUGCUGCCCAGCGCAUCUAUAGAGCCAACGGCACGUGAUGCUUUUGAAAUAAUAACGGCUAUGAUCGAUUAUAUUUGA